UUGUUUUUGAGGUGGAGCCUGAUACCCCGAUUCUUCAGUGGACUGUCGGCAAGACGGGUUGCAUGAUUGAGGCCAAUAGUCAGUCGCAUAGAUCAAUACAUUAUACCAAUACGAAAGCUGAUUGCCUAUUGUGGAAAUAAUAAAGUGAGAACUCAUUCUAUUAUUAAAUCCUUGGAAAUCGGGCACAUUGAGGACGUGGAAUGAUGAAUUAUAUCAUAUUGGCGACCGUUUUUUCCAUGGUUUUCGCCGAAAAGUCACCUCGGCUGAAAUUCAUUGUAAAAGAGCCGGCCAGGUAUCACUUCUCCAAACCGGAGAACUACAUGUCAGUGUACCACCAGGAGGGCACCAACGUGCUGUACGUGGGGGGCCAGACAGUGAUCUACGUGCUGACGUUCACUGAAAGGGGGGUCCGCAACCUGCAGAUCCCUGUGGUAACUGAUGAAAACGCAAAGGCAGCUUGCAUCGCCAAAUCAGACCCACCAAAGUUGGAGUGCGACAAUUUCAUCACAGUCAUCCAGAAAGUCAAUGACACUUUUGUGGUAUGCGGGACAAAUGCAGGAACCCCCAAAUGCUGGCUGCUGGUAAAUGACACUGUGUUGACUGACGCCCCCACCAAUGGACAGAUGGCACCAGCCUCUGACAUCUCCCCUCCCUACCCCUCCCAGAGGUCCGUCAGUCUGUCUGCAGAUGGGAAUCUAUACUCUGCUCUGUCAGCAGUGGGGCGUCACCCUGGCUCUAUCCGCCGGACCUACGGCACUCAGAAGCUCCUGAAGACUGAGACCAAGUGGCUGCAGAGUCCCCAGUUUGGUGGAGCAGCAGUAAUACCAGCCUCUCAAAAACACAAGGAGGAGAUCUACUUCUUCUUCAGUGAGAUCAAUAAGACGGCCAUGGUGGAUGAGGAGCCCUACAGGUCGCGCAUCGGCCGAAUCUGCAUGGUGGACGAGGGGGGUAUAAAGAACCUGCUGGCGGACUCGUGGACUACCUUCCUGAAGGCCAGGGUGAUGUGUGGUGCGGGUAGCACCCCCCAGCAGUACAACAACAUCAGACAGGCGUUUGUGCUGUCUGAAAUGGCCCAGGAGAAGAGGACCGGGGUCAUGUACGGCCUGUUUGCCAACGCCUGGGACACAACAGUGAUAUGUGCUUACUCCAUCGAGGACAUUGACCAGGCCUUCGCCACGUCCAAACUGAAGGGCUACAGCAGUCCUCUGAUUGGACAUCGCCCUGGCACAUGUGCCUUCAAGAACUCCACGGCAGCCCACAACCCUAAGAUCCUGGGGGUGAUCAGGGACCACCCGGAGAUCGAGGACGUGAUUCGUCCGGUCGGGGGUGCUCCGCUGAACCUGCCCACCGAUGAUCACUUCACACACACUGUCGCUGCCAUGGUGCUGGCAGUCAACGACGAGCACUAUACUGUGCUGUACCUGGGAACAGAACAGGGGAAAGUGCUCAAGGUUCUGCACACUAUCGAGGAUGCCUUUAUCAUAUCCCAGUACUCCCUCUUCCAUAACGAGGGUCCUGUUCUAAGCAUGGCCAUCGACUCUAAGAAGGGCCACCUUUAUGUGGGCACGGCAAUGGAGGUCCAGCGCAUACCAUUGGCUGACUGCGGUCGCUAUGGAGACAGUUGCCGGGAGUGCAUUCUGUCUCGGGAUCCCUAUUGUGGUUGGGACGCAGCCAGGAGGAGGUGCACACCCAUCCCAGCUGGAUACAACAUCAGCACUGGGGCACUCACUCAGAGUCUGGACCACUCCAAUGCCUCUAUCUGUGGUGAAGCUGCUGCACUGAAGACCCAUAGGACAAACCCCAAACAGGUGGUGAUUGACUCGGACGGCCCCGUCAACCUCCCCUGCCCCGUGCACUCCUUUCACGCCACCUACCGCUGGGAGAAGGACAACUGUAUCCAGCACUACCCCUGCUUCAUCAUUGGAGACUCCUGUGUGCUGGAACCCACCCCUGGCCUGCCCCUUAAGCAGGGGGUGUUCCGCUGCAUGGCCACGGAGAACGGCUACAAGGUGGAGGUGGUCUCCUACAGGCUGGUGAUCAACAGUGGGCCUCUGCCUGCCUCCUUGGCCUCCACCCUGGGGCCCUCCCUCCUUCUUGCUGCAGCCACCCUCUGGCUCCUGUAACCAUUGCAAAUGCUAAAGCUAACCCCUUAGCCUCUAAGGCCCUCUCUCUGACAGACAGGAGAGGAGGGGCCACCAUACCCAGGUUAGGUUCGCAGAGCAUUGAUAUUAAUGGUCGGGUAAUGCGAUCAGUGUUGCCCGCAGAGACUGUUUUCAGAAAAAGUGUUUUUAAAUUUAUUUUCCGUUGUUCAGAAAAUGCCUGAAAAUAAGCCAAGCCAUUUAUUUUUAAAUAAUAUAUGGGCCUACCAUACUAACUAAUACUGUACUGUUUAAACAAAAAAAUACCUAAAACAAACUCAAAAUACAUAACAUUUAAACUUAAUUAAUACAUUAACAUCAAUAUGGGUUUUAUGGAAAGACAAACUAUAUUACCAUGUCUUAUUCUGAAUUUUAAAUACAGAUUCAAACCACAAGAUAUGCUUUGCGAACCUUGCCUGUCCACCCAAGAGAUGACAUCUCAUGAGUUGUGUUAAAUACAAUACCAAGCCAAUUUCUCUUUAUGGUUUCUCAACUUAUUUUGAAACUUGAUUGUGCUACUUUGUGAAUAUUUGAAGCUUGAAUACUGCUCUAACAUCUAAACAUCCUGUUGAAUGUCAUAAGUAUAGGCUAGUAAUUAGAAAAUGUCUGGUAUUGAGUAAAAACAAAAAAAGCCUUAACAAUUCUGGGACAUACCCCCUAAGCACAAUUUGCUGUGAAAGCAUAACUGCUCAAUUGUGUUGACUUGGAUCUGUGAAUGAGGUGGCCAAGUCUUACUUUGAUGCUGGGAGGAAGUGUCAUCAUUUUGACAAGAAGUCAUCUUUUUGACAGGAAGUAGGUAGAAGAGCGUGAGCUCAUCUUCGAACAUCACUGUGUCUCGGCAAGUCCUCUGUAGUAAAAGGCAGUUUUUGCAUAAUUUUAAUGGACAGUAUCAGACAUUCAUAUUAUGCUACUUCAUUUUCAAUAAACGUAAGUUCAGUAAACAUCAUUCAGUGGCAGGUGAGGCCAAAUUAGAAUUGAGUAGAUGACAUGUAGAGUUAGUUGCAUUUUGUAGUUUGCUAAAUAUGAGAAAAAGCUUGUGAUUAUAUGAGUACCGUGUGUUAAGUAUUUUAUUGCUCCGCAAAUGCUGAUUUCCACCAUUGCUGCCUAUGAAAGUUAUUCUUGACGGUUCAAGGUUUUAUACUGUACGGAAGUCAUGAGAGGACAUAUGAAUAAAAUAAAAUCAAUCCUUGUUAUGUCGAGAUAACAACUUAUUUAUCUCAUGAUCACGACAUAACAAACAUUUUGCCGAGGUCACAAGAUUAACUCUAUGAAUAGGAGUAGACGCAUUGAUGAUAGAUUGACAGCAUGGCUGAGGCGGUAGAGCGCAUAUGUUUUGAUCGAUUGCUACACUAAGGGAUGGUACAUUUCAUGCUAACAUAUCAGUCAUUAUCAGUUUAUAAAUUAGAAUGUUAGCCAGCUAAAUGUCCCUUACCUUGAACAAAGAGCUCUUGGGGCAUCUAAGCCGUCAUGGGGCAUUUGAGUCUUGAACGAUGCCUGACAGGCUGGCCUGUCUCUGAGGCUGUAUGCCACUCCCAAGACCACAGGCAAUCGCAUGCAAGCAACAAUGCAGCUAACUUGGCUAGUCUUGUGAGUGCGCAAGCUAUCUAGCUAGUUAGCUAGGUAGUCUUACUAGAUAGCUAGCUAGCUUGUUAUAUAUGCUGGUUGUUAGCUUGCAUAACUGAUAUGUGUAUAAUUGUAAGGGGCACUUCAUGUUUUAUGGAUAAUAUUACAAUUUACAGAGUGGGUGAGCACAAUUCCUGACAGGCUAAUAAGAUUACAUUUUAUCCUCAGACAUUGAUCAGAUUCAAUUGCAGUCUCAGAGGCUGAUGAAAUCAGGAUUCCACCUUGUAGGUUGUUUCAUAGGUAAUGCUCCUUGCAAAUCUGCCUGCAAAGAGAUUUACCUAUGAAAUAACCUACAGGGCAGCAUCCUGAUUUAUCAGCCUCUGAGGCUGAAAUUUAAUCUGAUCAGCCUGUCAGAAAUGCGGCUCACCCACUGCAAAUGUAAAUAUUAUUCACAAUAAAUGAAGUGUCCCUUAUAAUUUAUACACAUAUCAGUUAUGCAAGCUAACCACCAGCAUAGAUAACAAGCUAGCUUGCUAGCUAGAAAGCUCACAAGUAGAGCUGUGUUGUUUCUUGCAUAUGAUUUAAUAUGGUCUUGGGGGUGGCGGGCACCCUGGGAGACUGUGUCGCCUGUCAGGCAUCGUUCCGUGCUUAAAUGCCCCACACAGCCACAGGGCUCCUUGGUGAAGUGGUUAUCGGGCAUCUGAAGAAGAAAUGAAUGGGUGAUAAGUUGUACUUUUGAUUAUCUUGUGAUCUCGACAAAACAACUUUUGUUAUGAGAAAAAUAUGUCUUGAUCUCGACACAACGAGAUAACUAUUUUUUUAAUUCAUAUGUCCUCUCUGGAUUUCCAUAAUACUGUGGAUGUACAAUGAUGUUACUCAUUGACUGCUUUAACUAACCUAUUCUCAAUGGGAAAAUCCAGUGCACAAUACUCAAAGGGGUUAUUUUCAUACUUGUAUCUGUAUGCUGUAACAAAAGGCUUGACAUAAUUUGAUAGGAUCAUUUUGUGAAGUAGAACACUUUGAGCAGCCACCAUACUCUGGGGAGAAAGACUGAAAUUGAUUGACAUUUCUGGAAGAUAUGGAACAAAAUUCCUCUUUAAGCAAUAGAUGUUUUUUAUUUUAGCACCUGACCUCACAUAACAAUAGUGUAUGCUUUAUUGGAGGCAGAGAAUGUUUUCUGGGAGGGAGUGGUUUACUCAAAGCAAAUGUUGAAUGUAACAUAUUAAUAUGAACGUAGUUGCAACAAAGUGCAGGUCUAUUGUCCCCAUGUAUUGAUUGUUUUAUCUCAGUGCUGAAGCACCACCUUAUAACCACUACUGUGUUUUGAACUGUGCCACUGAGCUUUGUAGGCGAAUUUUGAAAUGGCAAAAAAAAACUGUCGCCUGAAAAUAUUGGUCGAAAACAGUCGACAUAAUGCUGUUCUUAGAACAGUUUUAGCCAUAGUUCUGCAGGUUCUAUCUUUCUCUCUGGGGGUGGCUGUAAGUUUGUUGUCUCGAGGUCUCGGAAGGAUCUGCUUGCUGCAUUGCACUGAUGCGGGUUAUUGACUGUGCCAAACAUAAGCUGUGUUGAGCCGCCUCAUCCGCCGCCUGCCGCUUCUCACUCACUUAGCACUUUGAGUAAUUGGUUUCCCAAAUCUCUUUCUCAAACUCACACACAUUCUUAUAUAUGUCACAAAUACACACAGGCAUGUAGGUGCGCGCACACACACACACACACACACACACACCUCUUGUUUACCAAUCACCCACUUCAAUCUCAUUCUCUUUACUCCAGUAUUUACUGUUGCUUAUCUGUUUCAUUGUAUUUUGAGCAUGAAGCUGGUGUGUCUCUGAAAACAGUGAACAGGAGCCACUCACUCAUACGCUAGCCAACACUAAUUAGGCAACUGAACCUGUAUCGCUCACUGCAGAGACAUACAAGCUCUUUUACCAAGACAGAUGGCCUAGUGUCAGUGGGUAUUGUUAAAAACGGUCAGUGAAUCGUGGCUGUGCAGAGUUGAUUGUAUUUGGCCUUUCAUGGAUUUCCAAGGGGCAGCAGUGAUAUGGGAGUUUGUUUUCUCUGGAGCACUUUAUUUAAUGACCACCUUCAUAGCCGGGAGUCCCCGCUUUGACGUGGACAUAAACAGUGGAUAUAUCGCAUGCGAGUGAUUAUCAUUAUCCUCGAAAGAUUUAAACUGGUUUGUUGUGUUCAAUUACCCGUUAGAUAAAUAAUGCCAGCAGAGAAAUAGAGUGAAGUGAAUUGUAUUGUCUUUAAAUCCUUUCUCUGGUGCUUUGGACAGUGUUGAUUGCAUUCUGUGUCUUAGUACAUUUGUAUUGGGAAUCAGCUUACCAAACUCGAUUGAAGAGGAGAUUGUAUUGGUAUCAUGCUCGUUAAUGCCUCACCAUAACCAUUUUUUUUAAGGACAGAUGUCUGUCUAUAUGAAGUGUUAAUACAUGUCCAUGUAACAGAUCUGUAACUCCAUAUGUUUCCCUUUACUGAACAUGUACAGUGAAAAUCAAUAAAGUAAUCAACUACA